AUGAGGAUAGGAGGUAGGAGAGACGCAGGAGCGCUAGGAGCCGAGAGGCAAGAGCCCGGCCGGUGUUGGAGGCAGGGGGGAGCGGAGGUCAGGGGACGGAGCCGCAAACGGGUGGGGGUCUGGUGCACAGCACGCAAGCGAUUCAGCGACGAAAUCCAGAAAAACCCAGACAAUCCAGAAACCAACCUGGAUAACGAGACACCAAACCAAUCCAUCAAGAAACCAACGAGGCCCAAGAACCAAACAGUCAAUCCAGAAACCAACAGGAAAGCGAGAAAAAAAACAAGCAGUCAAUCCAGAAACCAGCCAAGAAAACGUAGAAACAAACCCAGUAAUCCAGAAACCCAGACAAUCCAGAAACCAACCUGGAUAACGAGACACCAAACCAAUCCAUCAAGAAACCAACGAGGCCCAAGAAACCAACCAGUCAAUCCAGAAACCAGCCAAGAAAACGUAGAAACAAACCAGUCAAUCCAGAAACCCAGACAAUCCAGAAACCAACCUGGAGAACGAGACACCAACCAAUCCAUCAAGAAACCAACAGGCCCCAAGAAACCAAACAGUCAAUCCAGAAACCAGCCAAGAAAACAAAACGAGAAGAAAACCAGCCAAGAAAACGUAGAAACCAACCAGAAUCCAGAAACCCAGACAAUCCAGAAACCAACAGGAAAGCGAGAAAAAAAACAAGCAGUCAAUCCAGAAACCAACCAGGAAAACGUAGAAACCAAACAGUCAAUCCAGAAACCCAGUCAAUCCAGAAAAACCAACCAGAAUAACGAGACACCACCAAUCCACUAA